AUGUGGGGGACGAUGUUGAGUGGGAGGAGGCAUUCGGAAACUCAUGAAGCCCAUUCUGGCCAAGAGGAGGUCGAGACCGGCUCCGAGGUGGAGGAGGCUGGCAUCUGUGACGCCGUCGAGAUCGACGGCUCCGAUCUCGAUGACCCGCAAGAGGUCCCCUCGGCAGCGACCGUCUCGUUCUCGAGCUUGCUCUACACGCACAAGAUGCAUGCCCUGGCAAGCAUGAACAAAAACCACUCCAGGGCUGCCUUCUAUCGCGACUACGUGCAGAAAGGCUUGAGAGCGCUGAGACCGGAGAUGCGAGUUGCUUCUGCGCCGGACCUUGGGGCCCUUGAACGACCUCCAGGAUCAGCACCCCCAGAUCACCCUUUGCGGCUCACCGCACGUCAAUGA